AUGGAUGCCAAGGUAUACCUACAGUCAUUUGGCUGGGCAGAAGGCGAACCUUUGAAGAAAGGUGGGUUGAAGAAGCCUAUUUUGGUGAAACACAAGAAGGACACAAAAGGAUUAGGACAUGAUUCCAAUAACGCAGACAUGUGGUGGGAAAAGUUAUUUGAUGGACAGUUGAAGAAUUUGGAGGUGAAUAGUGGGAAUAGCACAGAUGGUGUUUCGUUCAAACAUAAUAAUGAAACUGUAUUGAAAACAUUGAAUAAGAAUAUGUCUCCCUUAUAUCGAAUGUUUGUCAAGGGCGAGGGUUUAGAGGGCACGGUAGGAAAAAUAGAUCAUACUCGUCUGGCGAGUAUUACAGAUUUGGCAACCAAGGCUGCUGAACAAAUGGAGAAAUUGACUAGCGCUUCAUUGAAAAAGAGUAAAAAAAAAUUGAAGGACAAAUCCAACACCAAGGUGGAUAUAAAGGGUGAAAAAAUAAAGAAAAGCAAAAAGGAUUUGAAAGAUAAACUGAAGAAGAGAAAGGAAAAGAAGAAACAGGUUGAAAAAGAGCUAGAUACAGCUUUAACAAGUAAGAAAGAAAAGGCUAAGAUCAAGAAGCGACGGGAAGGAGAAAGAGAAAGCAUUGAUGAUGCAUACACGUCGAAAGAUAAAAAGAGGCGGAGAAAGGAUAGGAAGGAAAAAGAACUGAAACAGUAG